AUGACGGCGUCACGGCAAGCGGACAUGCGCGCCUGGGAGGAUAGAGCAGACCAAGAAGAACCGUUAUUUGGAGGCACUCCAUUCAAGGAUGCACAUACCGACGGUGAAGAUGGGCAAAGCGAUUUACGCGCGUACUACUCGCUGCUUAACAUAGAUCAGGAUGCAUCGCUCGACCAGAUCCGCGAUGCAUACAAAACUCUUGCAGUGGCUUUUCAUCCUGACAAGCAUCCUGAUCCAACAAACAAGGAGAUGGCUGAAGACACGUUCCGCAGUAUCCAGAAAGCGUACGAAGUCUUGAGUGAUCCCGAGCGACGUGCCGUGUAUGACCAUUUUGGCGAACAAGGUCUGCAAUCGACGUGGUCUGUCGCUGUGCGGGGACAAUCACCUGCAGAGAUGCGCGCAGAAUUUGAGCGCCAGUCGCGCAUGCGCCAAGCGGCCGAUGCAGAGAGUAUGGUGCGUUCGCGAGGAGAAUUCAACGCAACCAUCAAUGCCUCUUCUUUAUUUAUGGACAGGCCGCCGCUUUCGCCACUGCGUCGGCGCAUAGCGCCUCUGACAUGGUCCGAGCGUCUCGCUAUUGUGCAUGCCAUACAACUCAUCGGAAAGCACAGUUUUGAUAUGCAGGUUUCUAACACCACCUCUGCAUCCAUUUCUGGCCAGAUGUUGAGUCGCGGCAGUGCAGGCGGCGGUAAUCUUGUCGGCACGCUCAAGACGCAAUGGAGCCCACAAUACCUCUCGGAGAUUACGGCAACAAUGCUCAAGCCGCAUGUGCUCACCGCAAAAGGACAAUAUACCGUGGACGAAAACCUGUUCUUCAACUACGCCCUUGUAUCUACGAUGCUUGCCGCACCGCCAAGCGUAACGGUGACGUGGGGCCAGCGGCUUUCCAGCAAGUCGACCCUGACAGGUUUUACCUCGUUGAAAACGGGCCCAUAUACCAUUGGCGGUUGGGGUGCGGGCCCCGACGGUCUGCCGAUCCAUGAAGAUACAGGGAUGCUCGUCGUGGGUGUCACGAAGCAAGAUUCUCCGCAUACCGGCUGGACGACGCAAAUGACGCUGUCUGACACGGACCAGUCGCUUGGCUACGAGUGGAACAUGCGGAUUUUGGACGGGAUCAUUGUUCGGAGUGGUAUUUCGCUUGGCACAGGCAUUGGUUUCAGCGUAUUUACCAAUGGCGAGCGGCGCAUAACGGAACACAUCCGUCUUUUGCUCGGUGUAGAGUGCGGACUUGGCACAGGCGUUCUUUUUAAAGUGCGCGUUUCGCGUCUUGGACAACGGGUUGUUCUUCCCAUCCUUCUUUCGCCGACAUUCAGGCCGAACCUCGCCAUGGCGGCGACGCUUCUGCCAGCAGCGGCGAUCGCGCUUUCACAUUACCUAUACUUUAUGCCGAUGCGCCAACGCAAGCGCGCGGAGCGAAUUACCGAACUUCGUCGCGAGAAUAUUGGGGUGAUCGAGCAACGGCGCACCGCUGCCGAGCAAACACGCGAGCUGCUGCGUGGUCAAGCGGAGAAACGCGCAAGUACAGAGAUUGGGCGCCAGGGCCUUGUAGUUGUACAGGCAUACUAUGGACGUUUGGACCUGUUCCCCGCGCUUAUGGAUGUCCCUGAGGACGUGCUCGCCGACAACGAGCAGCUUGCCAGGCUUUGUAACAGAAUGCCAGAUAUGCCAGUGGAUACCCUUUCGGCACACCAGCCGCUUUGGUGGGACGCACGCAUCCAACUGCAAAUGUUGGUCAACCAGAGCCAGCUGAUCAUUCCGGCGGGCCGCUCCAAGUCGAAGUUGAUCGGCUUCUUCGAUCCAUGCAUUGGAGAGGAGAAGCACUUGCUAGUGCGCUAUGUCUUCCGUAACAAGGUGCAUCAGCUCUUGGCGACAGAUACAGGCGCAGUGGCCGCGCCGUUACGGAGCCAAGAAAUUGUUUAG